CCUCGUCUCUUCCUCUCGCUGAAUCCAUCCGAGCCCUUCACUGAGCCGCGCACCUUCAUCUCUGUUAGUUCCUUCUGCAUCCAGCUUUCGGCUCAUCCGUCCGUCCAUCCAUGGCGCCUCGCCCUGCAGCAGCAGCCGGCCUCGCCGUGAGCACCGUUGUAGCGCUGCUCGUGGUCCUCGUCGUGGCCUGCCAGCUGCCGCGCGCCACCGGCGGCGGCGUGACGACGGUCCAGGCCUUCGACGGGACGGCGGCCCUGGGGCUGGAGCAGUGCGCGGCGGACGAGCAGGAGCUGGUCCGGACGCGGACCGCCAGGUACAUCAGCUACGCGGCGCUGCGGGCCGACGCGAUCCCGUGCAACAAGCGCGGGCAGUCCUACUACACCAACUUCGGGUCGAUGCAGCAGGCCAACCCCUACACCCGCGGCUGCUCCGCCAUCACGCGCUGCGCCCGCAACAUGAACUGAUCCGUCCGUCCAUCGGCCGUCGACAUGGGUAUGCAGUUGUGGUAGAUCGAUCGACCGAUCGGUGUGGUGUGGUGUGGUGUGGACGGACGCACGCGAGUACGUGAGUGUGUGAUCUCGAGCAUGCAUUAUUAGUAGUAGCAGUACGUAACUUGGUGGUGUUGCUUCCGUCGUGCAGUGUGGUUACGUAUUUCUGUACGUACUUCGUGUAUGCUCAUGCGUGGAGUAGUAAUUUCU